AUGCCGAAGCUUGAAGCAGAAGGACUACAGCUGCAGAUCACACCAGUGUCACUCCUGUCAUCUAAGAACAGGAAACUGAGGCCAGUCAAAGAGACAGAGAGGGAGAUCAAACUGACUCAGAUCAGCGUGAUUCACCGAGCAGCCCUGUCUGAACUACAUGAGCUGAAGAGAAUAGUGGUGUCCGAGAAUGGUGCUCUUGAGCGAAUUGAAGCCUUUGCCUUCUCCAACCUGACAGAACUACAGGAAAUUAAAUAUUAUGAAACACAUAAUAACCCAUCUAUCCACCUAUCUGACAGAACUAUUACAAAAUCCAAAAACCUUGUGAUGCACAGAGACGCCUUCUGGAGACUUCCAAAGCUACGAUAUCUGACAAUAUCAAACACUGGUCUUAAAAUCUUGCCUGAUUUUUCAAAAAUCAACUCAGCUGCUCUUGAAUUUCUAUUUGAUCUACAAGAUAACAUGCACAUAGAGAGAAUUCCCAGUAACGCUUUCCUUGGAUUGACCAGUGCCACCAUAACUGAGCUGAGAUUAACGAAGAAUGGGAUUCGUGAUAUAGACAGCUAUGCAUUCAAUGGUACCAAAAUUGAGAAACUCUUUCUCAUGGGAAACCAGCAGCUGAAUCACAUCCACAGUUACGCCUUUAUAGGAGCUGAAGGCCCCAUCGUUCUGGACAUCUCACGUACUGCUGUCCAGACGCUACCAGAAAGCAUGCUGUGGACCCUUAAGCUUCUGACAGCCAUCUCAGUCUACUCUCUAAGGAGGCUUCCAAGCCUAGAGCUGUUUACUGAGCUCACGCAAGCCAAUCUGACAUACCCCAGCCACUGCUGUGCCUUCAAAAACUUCAAGAAGCACAAAUCUGUAAAGAAUCAAAUUUGUAACGACCCCGGUGCCCUCAGCCUGGAGCCAGAUUUUUUUAAAGACCACUGUAAGGACGUGAUAGAAGUGACCUGCUACCCUACACCAGAUGCAUUCAACCCUUGCGAAGACAUCAUGGGUUUUACGUUCCUACGUGUUCUCAUCUGGUUCAUCUGCAUACUGGCCAUCGUGGGAAAUUUGGUUGUUCUCCUGGUGCUCCUCACCAGUCGCUACAAACUAACCGUUCCCAGGUUUCUAAUGUGCCACUUGGCUUUCGCGGACCUUUGCAUGGGAAUUUACCUGUUGCUCAUCGCUAGCGUGGAUAUUUACACGCAGUCCCAAUACUACAACUAUGGCAUCGACUGGCAGAUGGGAGCAGGGUGCCACGUGGCCGGCUUCUUCACGGUCUUUUCCAGCGAGCUGUCCGUCUACACCCUGACUGCCAUUACCCUGGAGCGCUGGCACACCAUCACUUAUGCCAUGGAGCUGGAGCGCCAGCUGCGCCUGCGCCAUGCCUGCGCAGUGAUGGCAGCGGGGUGGCUUUUCGCCCUGCUGACAGCUCUUAUGCCCAUGUUGGGAGUGAGCAGCUACACGAAGACCAGCAUCUGCCUGCCAAUGGAUGUGGAAACGGUGCUUUCACAAGGAUACGUUGUGCUGUUGCUCAUCCUCAACGUAGCCGCUUUUCUGGUUGUGUGCAUCUGUUAUAUGCGCAUCUACCUGACCGUCCGCAACCCUGCCUUCGUUCCUGCCAACGCAGACAUGCGCAUAGCCAAGCGCAUGGCCGUGCUCAUCUUCACAGACUUCCUGUGUAUGGCGCCCAUCUCGUUUUUCGCCAUCUCUGCUGCCUUAAAACUACCACUGAUCACAGUUUCUCAGGCUAAAGUCUUGCUGGUGCUUUUUUACCCCAUAAAUUCCUGCUCAAACCCAUUUCUCUACGCCUUCUUCACUAAAACCUUCAAGAGGGAUUUCUUCAUUCUGACCAGCCGGUUCGGCUGCUUUAAAACACGUGCGCACAUUUACCGCACGGAGAUCUCUUCGGGGCAAAAUGGAGCCAUGGUGCCUUCGCCAAAGACUAGUGAUGGAACACUCUACUCCCUGAUGCACAUCGCCCAAAUACAAACCACUAACUCAAUCCACCGUUAGACAGCUGACCAGCUGAAACCACAUGCUGCUUUGAGGCAAAAAUUAGGAUAAAUAAGGAAAAUGUGGAAUCUGGAUAUAGAAUUCUUAAAGGUUUCUAUGGGGUGAAAGUGUCUCAUAAUGCUUGACCUCUCAGGUCAACUGAUUCAGAUGUCUUAGAAGUAGCCUACUUAAACCAUUCACAAGAUGCUGCUUGAUUUACUCUUGACAUAUCCUGCAUGCACUAGUGUUAAAAGAAUGAGAUUAGGUGAUGUCUUUAGUAUGAAUAAUGUAGAUCUCUUAAUCUUUCAACAAGAAUGUAGCAUGACAUAUUGUCAAUUUAAUUAAUACUUCUCAGUGUUCUUGUAGAAAAGUUGUCAAAUUUAUAGGGAUGGUUCACCCAAAAU